CCCGUAAUUUGCCGUGCCUCACUGGUUUGCUUUUAUCUCUCUCCCGAACUCCCCACGUUUCGCCCUCAUUUCGAAGCCCACCGAAUUCCUCGCGAUUCCUCUCCCCUCGCCUCCUCGUCUUCCCCACUAGGGGAUCGCCGGAGAGGAACCGCGUCGAGGGCCUUCUUAUAUACCAGUUAACCAAGCCAUGGAGCACAAGGAGACCGGUUGCCAGUCUCGGGAGGGCCCUAUCCUAUGCAUCAAUAACUGUGGCUUCUUCGGAAGCGUGGCUACCAUGAACAUGUGCUCCAAGUGCCACAAGGAGAUGACAAUGAAGCAGGAGCAGGCCAAACUGGCUGCCUCCUCUUUUGACAGCAUCGUUAACGGUAAUGUUGCUGGAAACACAGAGGUAGCUGUUGCUCAAGUUGAGGUGAAGACGCUUAUUGCACAGCCUGCUGAUGUUGCUGGUCCCAGCGAGGCGGCAAUGGUGAACCCCAAAGGCCAUAGUCGGUGCAGCACUUGUAGAAAGAGGGUUGGGCUUACUGGAUUCAACUGCCGAUGCGGGAACCUUUACUGCUCGCUGCAUCGCUAUUCUGACAAGCACGAGUGCAAGUUCGACUACCGGACUGCGGCGAGGGCUGCUAUUGCCAAUGCCAAUCCAGUGGUGAAGGCGGAGAAGCUCGACAAGAUCUAGGUGUUUCCUAUGGUUGGCGAACAAAGGUCCCAAUCUGUGCUACUUCAUCAUGUGUGUUUGCUGCAUUAUCGUCUCAUGUUGGCUGCUACAAUCCUUAUUGUUGUUUGCCAUCGUGAUGCAUGGCACGCCUCAGCGGCUUCAAGGAUCAUCCUCUCAAAACCGUCAAAAA